CAUCCUUCCGGUCUAAGCCAUUCCCGCCUUAGUUUAAACAGGGAAGAUGGCGGAUGUUCGUGUGACAGAAUUUGCUUCCGCCCCGCAGGAUCAAGAUGCCCAAGCCGCCUCAGACUCCCAGGCCACGGCAGCAGCCUCUGUCCUAGAGGACUUCCGAGUGCGCUGCACCUUGAAGAGGGCCGUGGUGGAAGUGAUGGAGAUGUGCAGCCGCUUUCUCCAGAAGCUCGGGGCCGUGCUGCCGGAGGACGUCCGCGAGCUCGCGCUGCGGGAUGCGCAGUGGACUUUUGAAUCGGCUGUGCAGGAGAAUGUCAGCAUUAACGGACAGGCCUGGGAGGAAGCUGAAGAUCAUUGUUUUAUGGAUUCUGACAUCAAAGUGCUUGAAGAUGAAUUUGAUGAGCUCAUCGUAGAUGUCGCAACGAAACGGAGGCAGUAUCCCAGAAAGGUCCUUGAGAGUGUCAUCCAAACCUUGAAGGCACAGCACGCGAGUCUGAAGCAGUAUCACCCUGUUGUACAUCCUCUGGACCUGAAAUGUGACCCUGACCCAGCUUCUCAAAUGGAGGAUUUGAAACGCCGUGGAGAGGCCAUAGCUAAGGAACUGAGCGAGGCCGUGAAGGCUUUUCCUGUGUUACUUGAACAAGGAGAAGGCUUUUCCCAGGUCUUAAAGAUGAGGCCUGUCAUCCAGCUGCAGAGGAUCAACCAGGAAGUCUUCUCCAGCCUUUACAGGAAAGCAGAUUCCAAGCCUGACAAAUGUGUGACGCGAGUGGAGACCACACCACCAGAGACUGCAGCCAGGAAGGCCUCCGACCUUGUGAUAAAGAGAAAGCAAGCUCCAGACUGUGCCCAGAGAGAGCGCUACCCACUGCGCCUGAAGAGAAUUCAUCUCGAUAUGUGAACUCUGGUUGUUGGGAGCUGAAGGUCAAUGCUGUCAACAUCUGGGUCACAGUCUGAUGCCUGAGUGACUUUAUUUAAAGUAACUGACUGUCCAGGCACAGUGUAUGGCUGUGAUGUCCCGGGAUACGGCUGAGUACCGUACUUCUUCCCUGAGAUCCUGUGCAGUGGGUGAAGAGACGGACGGCCCAGUCCUGCAUAGACCUGUCAGUGGCCUCGGAUGAUACCAGCUCUUGGCCGCCUUGCAGCUGUGUGGCAUCACAGGUGCUCUGAGGGGGAUUCAUGCUACCCUCUCUGUGACACUAUGAGGUGGCUCCCUGCGGCCUGAGAGCUGGCCUUGGCUUCCCAUGGCAGCAUGAUCGUCUCUAGGCAGUUUAUCAGAUGAAUGCACAGAAAGUGGGCCUGGCCUUAGGUUUGGCCAGUGGUCAUUAAUCUGAGGUUUUAGAGUUUUGUAAGAUAAAUGAGAAGGCUAUUAUUUGUGCAGGAAAUAUUCUUAAAAAGAAAACCUCGGGCACGGAGCCUCUAUUUUUUGCCUACAUUUUCAUUUCCAUAAAUCUUUGAACAUGAUUUGACUGGAAACUGAUAAGUUUCUUUUAAAGUUCUUAUUUCCAAAUAGAUCCUUCUAGUGCAAAAUACAUAUUAGGGAUGAUUGACAUGUCAUUUACCACAGAUCUAAGCAGACUAAACUGCCCUAGUUAUGGACGUUGGUAUAUCCGAGAUAAAGUGUCAGACUCAGGCGGUGUCAGCAGGCCUGCACUGAAAUGUGAACACAGCCUCUUACCCCGUGCACUGCAGACAGGCCCGCCGGGCUGCCGUCCGCUUCUGGGCGAGUGUACGCGUGUCAGUUUCAGAGGCGCUUACUGAUGGUGACUUGGAGACCUGCACUGCUGUGCUCACUGCGUCCUGAUGAUCAUAAACAUCACGGUUGUCUGCUUUUCCCACCUGGGAAAGUUUCAUGGCGGUGCUGCCUUCUGGACCUCAGAGCCUGUUUCAGUUACAACUUGAUUCGACUUAGUGUUAAUAACUGUAUGGGGCAGUGUUUGGGUUUUUAAGUAACUUAUGAAGACCAAACUCUUGGCACUGUGCCCUUUCCAGCUAACCAGGCAUUCUGGGCAAUGGCUUUCAUGGGAGAGCAGACAGGUGCACUGCUGCAGAGUGAACUAGCUCCACCCUAAAAGCACUUUGGGACUCCAGAAGGUGACUGUGCCUUUUCUGGCAUUAAAGUGCUGUGAUUGAUUUUGCUUGAGAAGUGCCCAAACAGGCAAGGCUAGGACCGCAGGCUGGGAGGCAAUGUGGUGGGAGUCCACUGAAGCAAGAGCUAUGUAGCAGGGUGGGAGAGUGAGCUUGGGGGCAUCCCUAGGUGGCUCUGCCUGGACCUAUAAAGUCAAAUCGUGAAAGGCCUCUUUCCACACACAGGCUCUGAGGUCAUGUUCAGAGGAGUUUGGAGUGUCUGACACUCCCAGCACCAAUGUGACUCAAGCCCUGUGGCUUAAAGCUCUCCCUUAGUAGUAAGAUCUGAGAGGUGUUUCGUCCUCAGUGCAGAAGCUAGGUGAUCAGAGAGCCCCAGGGAUCCUUGGGGUCCACUUACAACAGGAGUUCUUAGUGGGGGCUAUCUUCCCAGCAGGCCUGUGGUAAUUGUGGAGAUGUUUUUGCCUAUCAUAACUUAAGGUGUGUGUAGCAGGGGCUGGGAAGUAGCGGUGUAUCACUGCCAUCUAGUGACUAGAUAUCCCGGUGGCUGGCGCAGCUAACCAUCUGUCCAAGACCAGUGACGCUGCGGUGGAGAAGCCUGCUGAGGGCAGACCGACCAACAGCAUAACGCGUGUACCAUUACAGUUCCCAGGCAGGCUGGGAAAUGCUGUUUGGCUGUAGUUACCGCUUGUCCACAUACCCCACUGUCAGCCUUCAUAAGACAAACUACAAUGUUUGAUCUUAUAUAAAACCAGACUGUAGAAUACAUGUAAAAAACCCACAAAUAAAAAAAGAAAUGUUAAUUGUGA